AUGGCCGAAGUUAUCGGGGUUGUCUCAGGCGCACUCACUUUCGCAACGGUUAUUGUCCAAAUCGGAAAAUCCAUCACCGUCAUAAAGGAUUACUGGGAAGAAUUCAGAGAUGCACCAGCUGAUUUACAAAGACUAGUUGAAGAAAUUAAAGUCUUUGGUCUCAUCUUGGCGAAUAUCGACGAGGACUUAUCCCAGCCUUCUGUUUCUUCCGCAUUGGAGAAAAGCAAACAUGCUCCACAUAUUUUGGAGUUGUGCAAGAAAGCCGCGGAGGAGUUGGACUUGGUCUGCAAGGAUCUGAGUCAAGACGUUGGAUCAUCUUCCAACUGCGUGCGCAGGACUCGCAAAGCCUUGCGAGUUAUGACGUCGAAAGGGAAGAUUGAGAAAAAUAAAACGCGGUUGCAAAAUGCCGUUCAAUGGCUUAUGCUCUCCCAGCAAACUUAUACAAUAGCUUUUUUACAGAUCCAACCUCAAUUGAUUGCGGAAAAGAUAGCCCAACGAGAAUUAUACUUCUCGGCGUCAACGCAACUACAGACACAUACGGCUACACAAGAAUCGUGUGUAAACUACACACCGAUCGGAACGGCGCGAACAAAAGCCUGGACCUCUGUUCAAAACAGGGGCAAGUACUGGAGGCUCACAUUGCCAUCGUGGAUAACUUCCAAAGUGCUUGAAGUAGGUGGCAUGAGAGUUCCCGAUGGAUGGAACUGGGUGUUACGAACGUACAAUAUCAUCCCAUAUGCUUCAGAAGUUGUCUUUCUUAUCCGUAAGGGUGAUAUUAAAGGUCUUCAAGAUCUUUUUGCCUCGAGGCAGGCUUCCGUCUUCGAUCUUGUUUAUGGUCACAUUGGAUUACUCCAGUACACGAACAGAGUAGACGUGCUCGAGUUUCUCCUGGGACAAGGGGCAGAUCCAGCAACAGUACGCACUGGACUGAUAGUUGAUUUUAAUUUGGAGGGCAGAUUCCAAUCGUCUAUUCCGUACAUGCGGGUCCUCUUUCGCCAUCUCCAUAUCACGUAUGAUUCUACAACUGAGGCUACCAACGGACUUUUCAGAUACUUCCACGGUACCCCAGAGGACUUUCUGUUCUUGCAACGAGCCUGCUUCCCAUCAUUUUAUCAAUUACCUCUAUCCGAUCGCAUCAAAAUGGCAAUUGGAAUCGUAGGUCUUUCGUGUUUUCACCCUUACAUGCCAGACCUCUUCAAAACAAUCAUAGGAAAAGAUGUUCUAGAAGCCAAGGAAAUUCAACUGAAGUUUCGUUCUCGACGCUACCCGAGCACAACGAUAUUCCAUUUCGUCGCCAGAAACAUGGGAUGUGAGCAAGAACCGCCUCUACCUUUUGGCUUGAAACUACCAGGGACGAGCAUGCAGACUCAGUGCGCCAGCUGGUACCAAGCAAAGACCUCGUGGUGGGGGCUAUUUCAAGAAUAUCUACAUACAGGUGCAAACAUCCAUGACCUUGUCGAAGGCAGAACUAUAUUCCUCUCAUUUCUUACCGGUUAUGACAAUCAUAGUUCGUGGCUGACGUCGCAGAGACGCAGAAACGAUCUUGGCUCGGCCACAGAGCUCUGGCUCAAGGCUCUUCAAGCAAAUGGAGUCGAUCUCAAGCAGUUUGGUCGUGCGGAACUUGUGAUUUGGAGAAAUGAAAACAUUCGCAAAGAGUUCGUUGCGCACGGGUGUCAUGACAGACUCGCCAAGCGAAUUAUUGGUUUCACAUAUGGCCCAUCACCUGAAGACUGGCAUCUUUGGGUUUCCGAACCGACAGAUCGGUUUGCUGGGGAGUUUUGGAGCCUGAUUGAGCGACCUGUGGAAGUCAUGCCAGGUACCUGGCCGGAGCAAUAG